AUGGACCCCGCUGCCGCUGUUCCGGCAGCACGACCACGGCCGUUGCGAGCGGUGCCACGAGUGCGAGCACAGGCGGCGAGUGCGAUGCGACACGUGGGAGCACCGUGGGACGCAUGGAUGAUGCGCCUCAAAAAGAAGGGCGAAUAUUGUGUGGAUGUGCUGAAGGGUGACGCCUCAUUGGUGCGAACUCUUUGGGAGGACUAUGGCUUUUUGCGCGUGUACCUUUGUCCAACACGUGCCAAUGGAGUCAAUAGCUCUCAGCUGAAGAAGCACUUGCCCACCUUGAAGAACGUCAUUGUGGCCUUACCCCAGGUGGAGUUUGUCUUGCUGGUGACAAAGGAGACCAGAGCAUUGACCUUCAACUUAAUGAACGAAGUGCAGCCCAACCUGGCCUUCUUCUACUUCUCCGAGGAGGCGGAGAACGGUGCAACGGCGACCCCCGAGGCGUCGAACCCGCGCGGUGCGAAGGAUGCCCCGAAAGAUGCCCCGAAGAGUCGCCGGCCACCGCCCUGUCCUCAUCCGGGCAUCCACUGUGGGUAUGGCGGCGGUCUCACCAGUGAGAAUUUGACGGCGGAGCUCCGGCACAUCGCCAAGGCCACGCCCAACCGCACUGUUUGGGUCGACCUGGAAUCCGGCCUUCGCUCCAGAGGCGCUGGUCGCCCCGAUGAGUUCGACCUCGGCAAGGCAUGGGCCUGCAUUCGAGCCGUCUACGACUUGGAUCUUCCACGACCGCGGCCGACCUUUGCUUCGCGCUAG